AUGGGGUCCUCCCCCGCAGAUUCCGCCGUUACCUCCGCUAUAGCUUCCGCUGAAACUCCACCAAUCGCGGGGAAUACACCCACUGCGCCUGGCGCAGACCUGACGGUCCCUGCUCUGGCAGCUGACGCCGCGGCUGCUCCGGCAGCGGCGGCGCCGCCAGCGGAAAAUGCAAUAGCCGAGGACGGCGGAAAGCAGUCGGAAACCCCAGUAGCGGCUGUGCCGGCUGUAGAGGUUGCAGCGGCUGUAGCGGCGGAGGGUGCGGCAUCCGCGGACGGCGGAAAGCAGGCGGAAACCUCAGUAGCAGCUGCGCCGGCUGUGGCGGCAGCAGCGGCGGAAGGUCCGGCAUCCGCGGACGGCGGAGGGGGGGCGAUGUGGAAGACGACUAUGUGCUCGUUCUUCCGCAAGCACGGGGAGUGCAAGCACAGCGCGCGGUGCAAGUUCGCGCACGGAGAGGCGGAGCUGCGCGCGCGCCCGGACGGGUCGUUUGACCCCACCUCCGCGCGCGGAGGGGCUAAGCGGAGCGAAGCAGGGGAAGGGGAUCAGAGCAAUAAGGGGAGGAAUCGGGGGAGAAAACGCGGAGGGGGAGGGUCUUGGGGAAGGGAGGCGGAGGAAGCGGAGGGUGGCGGGGACGAGGGGAAGGAAGGGGGGGCAGGCGGGGAAGGCGAGUGGAGUCGGCUUUGCGUGCAGAACCUACCCAAGUGGUGGAAUGUGAAGCACUUUCGCGAAAUGCUUAACGAAAUGAGUUUGGAGUAUUGCGGGUCGAGGAAAAGCCAGGGCGUGGCGUUUGGAUUCGUGUCGUUCGAGUCAGCUGCCGCAGCAGACAAGGCCACUCAGCUGCUGCACGGCAAGUUGGUGAAGAACCAGACGCUGGACGUGCAACCAGCGCGGUAUCUUUUGAACGGCAAGCUGGUGAAGAACCAGAUGCUCGACGUGCAGCCGGCAAGGUACCGCACUCAGAAACAGACGGCGUUCGCCGCCCAGGAGGGUGGCGAGGGGCACGAGGGGAAGAAGAGGAGAACGGAGGGGGAGGAUGGCGGGCAAGAGGAGGGAGAGGAGGGCGAUAGAGGUGGAGGGGGAGAGGAUGAGGAGGAAACGGAAGGAGGAAAGGAAGGAGAGGAGGAAGAAGAGAUGGGUGGGGAGGGAGAGGAAGAAGGGGGGGGAGGCACAGGAGGAGAGAGAGAGGGGAAGAAAGCGGAGGGGAGGGGGAGGAAGGAGGCGUGGGAGGCAGUGACACCACUGGCGAGGAUGGGGUAUCGGGAGCAGCUGGAGAUGAAGGGGGGACGCGUAGCAAAGGACCUGCAGCGGAUUGUGACGAAGAUGAGGAAGCUUUACUCGAGAAAGAGCUUCGCUCAGCUGCCUGAAUGGAUAAAGUCCGCUAAAGGGAGAGGUGAGAGAGUGGUGAGAGGAAGGGCUUUGCUGAGCUGCCUGAAUGGAUCAAAACUGCCAGCCCCAGGGAAAGAGGUGAGAUGGGGUAUCGGGAUCAGCUGGAGAUGA